GGCGGCAGCGGCCGGUGCGGGAGGCGGCGCGGGCGCGCCCAUGGUGCGGCAUGUCCAAAACGCUGCGGAAGAAGCGGCACUGGCUGAGCAAGGUGCAGGAGUGCGUGGUGUCCUGGGGCGGCCCGGCGGGCCCCGACCCCGAGCUGCUGCACGGCGGCGCCGAGCGCGGCGAGUUCCCGUACCUGGCGGGCCGACUGCCGACGGGCGCCGAGGGCGCGCCGGGCCCCGCGCUGCUGUCGGGCAAAGCGCCGGCGCCGGGGGACGUGCUGCUGGAAGUGAACGGCACCCCGGUGAGCGGCCUGACGCACCGCGACACGCUGGCCGUCAUCCGGCACUUCAGGGAGCCCGUGCGACUCAAGACCGUGCGGCCAGGAAAAGUCAUCAACAAAGAUCUGCGUCACUACUUGAGCCUUCAGUUCCAGAAGGGCUCCAUAGACCAUAAACUCCAGCAAGUGAUCAGAGACAAUCUCUACUUGAGAACCAUCCCUUGCACUACAAGGGCUCCCAGAGAUGGGGAAGUCCCUGGCGUAGACUAUAAUUUCAUUCCUGUGGAGCAAUUCAAAGCACUGGAAGAAAGUGGAGCCUUGCUGGAAAGUGGAACGUAUGAUGGUAAUUUUUACGGUACUCCAAAGCCUCCAGCAGAGCCCAGCCCCUUUCAGCCUGAUCCAGUGGAUCAAGUUCUCUUUGACAAUGAUUUUGAUACUGAAUCACAGAGGAAAAGAACCACAUCGGUCAGCAAAAUGCAGAGGAUGGACAGUUCUCUCCCUGAAGAUGAGGAAGAGGAGGAAAAGGAAGCGGUUAAUGGCAGCGGAGGGAUAGAAAACAAAGAAAAACACUCAGAUUCUUCUGACUGGAUGAAACCUGUUCCCAGUUACAACCAGACAAGCAGCUCCAUGGACUUCAGAAAUUACAUGUCAAGGGAUGAAACCCUGGAACCUCUGCCCAAGAACUGGGAGAUGGCCUACACUGACACUGGCAUGAUCUACUUCAUCGAUCACAACACCAAGACAACCACAUGGCUCGAUCCACGGCUCUGUAAGAAAGCCAAGGCUCCUGAAGAUUGUGAAGAUGGAGAACUUCCUUAUGGAUGGGAAAAAAUAGAAGACCCACAAUAUGGAACAUAUUACGUUGAUCAUAUUAACCAGAAAACUCAGUUUGAAAACCCAGUAUUGGAAGCCAAAAGAAAAAAACAGCUGGGACAGACUGAUGGUGGCCCUUCAAAAUCAGGGCCAGAGAAGUCUCUCUUCACUAGAGAUCCAUCCCAGCUCAUAGGAGCUCUUAUACGGACGUCACUGAAAAAAAGCACGAUGGGUUUUGGCUUUACAAUUAUUGGAGGGGACAGGCCUGAUGAGUUUCUCCAGGUGAAAAAUGUGUUAAAAGAUGGACCUGCUGCCCAGGAUGGGAGAAUUGCACCAGGUGAUGUCAUUGUAGACAUAAAUGGAAACUGUGUCCUUGGCCAUACCCAUGCAGAUGUUGUGCAGAUGUUUCAGCUAGUUCCUGUCAACCAGUAUGUGAACAUGACUUUGUGCCGUGGCUAUCCUCUUCCUGAUGACAAUGAGGACCCAGUUGUAGAUAUAGUGACUGCUACACCUAUUAUCAAUGGACCACCUGUGACCAAAGGAGACAUUUGUCUGACCAGCCAGGAGUUAAUAGCCGGGGCAGUUGUGUUGGACCAGAAUGGAAAAGCAGGCCCAAUGUUGGUCAACGGCCGUCUCAAUGGCCCUUCCAUGGAGACAAAUGAGCAGAGGAUCUCUGUUGCAUCUUCGGGAGGCUCUCAGCCAGAGCUGGUCACCAUCCCACUGGUCAAAGGUCCUAAAGGCUUUGGGUUUGCCAUUGCAGACAGUCCUACAGGACAGAAGGUGAAAAUGAUUUUAGACAGCCAGUGGUGCCAAGGACUUCAGAAAGGGGACGUAAUCAAGGAGAUCUGCCAUCAGAACGUGCAGAGCUUGACGCACCUGCAGGUCGUGGAGGUACUGAAGCAGUUUCCAAUAGGAGCAGAGGUGCCCCUGCUCAUCUUAAGAGGAGGUCCGCCCUCACCUACUAAAACUGGCAAAGUGAAGGACAAGCAGGAGAGUUCAGGGAGCUUGGAAGCGCUCAGCGAUGCCAUCCCACAGCCUAUGCCUUUCCCUCCCACUGCUGUAAGAUCAGGCUCUCCUAAACUGGACCCUUCAGAAGUCUACUUGAAGUCCAAGACUAUGUAUGAGGACAAACCUCCAAACACAAGAGAUUUGGAUGUUUUCCUACGAAAACAAGAGUCGGGCUUCGGAUUCCGCGUGCUUGGAGGGGACGGACCGGAUCAGCCUAUUUACAUUGGAGCCAUAAUCCCAUUGGGAGCGGCAGAAAAAGACGGCAGGCUUCGAGCUGCUGAUGAACUGAUGUGCAUCGAUGGAGUCCCUGUUAAGGGGAAGUCACACAAACAAGUUCUGGACUUAAUGACCAGUGCUGCACGGAAUGGUCAGGUGCUGCUCACUGUCCGGAGGAAGAUUUUCUUUGGUGGAGAAAAACAAGCAGAGGAGGAGGAUUCGCAGGCUGUUGUGAUGCAGAACAGCUCUCCCCGCCUGAAUCGGGCAGAGUUUGCAACCCAGCAGUCCCCAGAGGUCUAUGAUGUCUGCCUGCAGCGGAAGGAGAAUGAAGGAUUUGGCUUUGUCAUUCUCACCUCCAAAAACAAACCUCCUCCUGGCGUGAUUCCCCACAAGAUCGGGCGCGUGAUAGACGGGAGCCCAGCAGAUCAGUGCGGGAAGCUGAAGGUGGGAGACCGCAUCUCAGCAGUGAACGGGCAGUCCAUCGUGGAGCUCUCCCACGACAGCAUCGUGCAGCUGAUCAAGGAUGCCGGCCACGUGGUGACUCUGACCGUCGUUGCUGAGGAAGAACACCGUGGUCCUCCAUCAGGAACAAACUCUGCCAAGCAGAGCCCAGCUCCUCAGCACCGACCUCUGGGAGCAGCACAGAGCAGUGCUUCCAGCACAGACAGGGGAGCUACAGAAGGUGAAGCUGGAAAAGAAGUUUCAAAUAGUUACAGGCUUUCAUGGCCUGAGCACAAGCACUUGGCACAACCUGAGGCUGGCGGCGCUUCAGGUGUUGGCAGCCGUCAUUCGCAGGCGCAGAAUUCUGGCUGUUUUCCAGUAGAAUUGGAAAGAGGCCCUCGUGGCUUUGGGUUCAGUCUUCGAGGAGGAAAGGAAUACAACAUGGGUUUAUUCAUCCUUCGGCUUGCUGAAGAUGGACCAGCUGUCAAAGAUGGGAGAGUACAUGUCGGUGACCAAAUAGUUGAAAUUAAUGGAGAACCCACCCAGGGAAUCACUCACACACGAGCCAUUGAGCUGAUUCAGGCUGGAGGGAACAAAGUUCUGCUGCUGCUGAGACCAGGGACCGGCUUGAUACCAGACCACAGUGAUUGGGAUAGUUACAGUCCAUCUUUGUCAAAUGUAAUAUAUGAAGAACAGUCACCGUUAUCCUCAUCUUCACAUUCUGCUUCCCCAUCUGAAGUGUGUAAUUUACCAGUACCAGGAGAAGCUUUAAGGAAAGUUCAGCUGUCUGAGAAACUGGAACAAGCAAAGAACACUGUGCCUGAAAAGAUAAGCACUUUAACUGAAAGCCAGUUUGAGAUGAAGCCUCCGUCUUCUCCCCAGAGAACAAAGAAGAGAUGGGAUCUUCCCUCCAGUACUGGGUUUGAAGUCACAAAAGGUACUUUGGAAUUAGGGACCAGAAGAGACAGAUCUGCGAGCCCAGAAACGUUCGGGGCAGCCGAAGGACAGCAUCUCAAAGGAUUGCACAGUCCUAGAAAGAGUGAUGCUGAUAAAACCCACAGCAAUCUCCCACGUAAACCCACAGGAACAGGAAUGAACAGAAAGCAGUUUUCCAGUGGAGAUCAAGGCAUGUCUGCCAGCCCUCAGAAGCACCUCAGUAAGGGAUGCGCGGAAGUGGGAGGCAGGCGGCAGGAGCAUCACGACAGAAGUGCUGAUGAUAAGAUGACUGCUGAGCAGCUGAGAGGUGGAAAUGGUAAAACAGGAGUAUUGAGGAAAGACAGCAAGCAGAAGGUUUCUGGAAAGAAGGAAUUGUGGUUUUCAGAGAGAAAAUACGCGACGCUGGACGAGGGCAGAUUUCCAUUCAGUGACUCCAGGAGAAACAGAGCUGAAGAUGGAAAAACAAGGAAGUCAAACUCGGGAGAACCAGGCUCCAGCAGAUUCAAAACUUCAAGUCUUUCUGAUAUUCCGCUGCUCUCCGUGGAGAAACUGAGAAGGCUGGAAGCACAGGAGACCCAAGUUCUGAACAGCCAACGUGGAGACGGACACAUGGAGCUGCCUGAUGAAACCAAAGAUGAUGGAAUUCCCAAAUCUGAAAGCAGUUCUCCAGUCAGGAAAACACCAAUAACUCCGGGACCUUGGAGGGUUCCAAGCACGUGCAAAGUCACCAAAACUGUGUGUGAGGCUGAGAAACGGGUCUGACCAAUGCUUUUUUGUAUUAGAACGAAUGACUCACGUUUCUAAUAACGAUCAUUCAGAAGCGUUGUUUCUUUUCACAAAGUUGUUGUACUUUUCCAAAACUGGUCUGAGGCCGGAAAGCAUUUGAUUGGUUCUGAAAUGAUCCAAGCUGCAUGAAGGGCCGUUCGGAUCGCUGCCAUGAGCUGCCCUGCGCUGCUGCCCCUCGUCCUUUCGAAGGCGGUGUUCUGCUGCUCUCAACGUUGCACUGCUGUGGCUUCCUCAGCUCGUAUCGUGAGUUUCUGAACAAAAUUAUUUAAUGCCUCUAUUGCCAAUGUGAUCACGACUCACUUCUUGUUCUUGUGCCAAGUAAUCUACUGUAUCCAGUCAGUCUGAUUCUUUUGUGUAUUCCAGUCACGGAAAAGUCCAGGUUUUGUUGGAAAUGGGUGUUUUCUCCAGAGCAUGUUGCAUGUUUACAUAAGGAGAUGCUCAUCUUCCUCCUGGUUCAGUGAGGAAGGAGAUGGGUGAGUCGGUUCUAUCGAUUCCAGAGCAGCACUGAGCCACUGAUGCUGUUCAAUUGAGCUUUUUCGUAAAGUUUUUAUACCUGAUAUAAAACCAUGUAGAUAAAAAUUAUAUUUGACAUAAUCGAUGUUUUGUAAUUUUGCUUUUUAUGAACACAACAAAAUUGCUUUCUUCUCUCAAUUCGUGAGGAUGCUUACAGUAACUGCUGGCAAACAUCAGUCCAGGAAGAGAAAGUCCUGGUUCCUGUUGAAUAGCAUCGUUCCUUUGCUUCACCUGUGGCACCACGUCCUCCUUGGAUUGUCAACACAAACAUGGAGUCUGUGUUUGUUUUCAGCCUCAUUCUGGUGCUGUACACUGAAAAGUCUCAUCUUUUAUUAUUUAUUGCUGCUUGAUAAUUGGAUUUGCUCUCCCUCUGUAGAGCUCAGAAUUGAUCCAUAGGACAGAACCAACCACAUUAACUUCUUACAUGAAGUUCCUGCCUGUGUAUAUGAGAAGUCUCCUGUAUUUUAUUUUAAAUGUGUGAUCUGAGAGUGCUGAAUAUUAGGAAAUAUGGGGUGCACGAGUCCCAAUUUCUGUUCUUUGGGCUGUAGUGCAGAUUUUGAAGUCCUGCUGGGGAAUGUUACAAGCAGAACCCACUGCCACCUCAGGUCUAUAGCUGUAAGUCAGCAGAAUGCAUAAACCCACGUGGUUUAUAUCUGUGACUGUUGUGGUAAUUAAGGUGGCAGGUCUUUAAUUAGUGCAGAAGAGAAGGUGGUAAAAGCUCAUCAGCCCGGUGUGCAGGAGGAAAAAGAGGUGCAGAAGGUCAAGCAUUUCUUACAUUAAAAUACAAACAAGUGAUUUGCUAUUUGGAAUUGAAGAUUUGUUUUGGCUUUGAUACGCGUAAUGGUUUUGUGCACCUAAUGAAGCACGGUGAAUCAGGCCUGAUGAAAGAGUUCUUUCCAAGUACAGAUGCCCAAACAGCUUUCAGAAGAAACACUUUGAAGCAGGCUUUAAAGCAGACCUGAACUGUGCUCUGCUGCUUCACGUUGGGCGACCCAUCGAUUUGCUGUGCAGCAUCACAUCGCCAACGCUCCGCGCUCGGGAGCACGACUGUGAAACUAUUUAAUACUUUGCAGUUAGCCUAUGUAGAUAUUAACUGUGUACUCUAAACAAGAGAAUCUGGUUUGUGUUGAGCUGUAUGGACUUGCCCUAACCACCGAGUGCAGUAACAAAUCCAGAAGUGUAGUGCAGAGAUGAAUUAGCACCGCUGAAAUGAAUUCCCUGACAACUACCCCCAUCUUUUUCUAUCUGUCAGUGUGACCUGAUUUGGUGUCUGACCUGUGUGUGCUUUCUCCUCCCAUAGAACUUGUAUCUCUACUUACUGUAUCGGAUGACUUAGCAACGUGGCCUUGGGAUGCUAAGCAAUGUAUGGAUGUACUGGGUGUAAAUGUUUAUAUAUUGUACAGCACCUUUAUACAUACUUCUGAGGUUCUGACUAGAGAGAGACCUGUAAAUCGCUCAUUAUUUUUUAUAUAGAUAUUAAAAAGAAACUCUAGUUCAUG